GUGUGGACUUAUUCUCAUCUCAACUCAUGGAGGCAAGCAGUGAGAGAGUCGCUGCCUCUGCUGUUACUGUAGCUGGCAGUGUGGGGCAAAGUAGUUUAGUGUAGCACCCGGGUGAGAAGAGGGGGGUCCUUGUUUGCAACAUCAAACACUAGUGUCGUCACUCAUCGGCGAUACGUGCAGGGACCGCCUAUUCCAAAAUAAAUAUUGACGUGCUUGUUGUAUUGAAAUGAGCUGCCUGACCGGACAUAGGCGAGCCAAUCAGAGCCUAUCGUAUCAUCACACCUUCUUUUCAGAAAUCAUUCAUAACGCCGAUGCGUCAAACACUCACAGAGCACCCGGCUAUAAAUACGGCUGCGCGCAGCGCACAGUUAGACAUUUUCCCAAAAUCAAACGAAAGACACAACUGAGCAAGAACCGUGGGAAUCCGGCUUCUGCCUUUCAUAAUCCUCUCUACCUUGCUCUACAUUUUAUAGCCUGUAUUUAGUAUCCAGCUCACUAUGUUGGCCAUGGGUGGAUUAUAUUUGAAGCACGUCGUGGUCGCAGCGGUGUGCUCCGUGCUGGCCACAGGGACGCUGGGGUCUCCGGUGGUGGGACCAGAGCCGAUCCGAUGCGCCCAGUGUUCUCCGGAGAAGCUGAGCCAGUGUCCAGCGGUGGCGCCCGGAUGCGCCGAGGUGUUGCGGGAACCCGGCUGUGGAUGCUGCCUCGCCUGCGCCCUGAAGGCUGAUGAGCUGUGCGGGAUCUACACGGCGCCGUGUGGCUCCGGACUGAGGUGCACCCCGAGACCCGGCGACCCCCGACCGCUGCACUCCCUCACCCGGGGACAAGCCGUGUGCACGGCGAGCACUGCGCCCGAGCCGACCCCCGAGCCCCAGACACAAGAUCAGGGAGAGCCAGAGGCUGAGAUGGAGAACACAGCCAUCGUCUCGGACCUCGGCUCCAGCCACUACCUCGCCGGCCACAGUAAGCCCUACGACCCGACAAGGGCUGCAGCCGACGCUCAGGAGAGCAUGAAAGCCAAACUCGUCGCCAUCCGCAAGAAACUGGUGGAACAGGGGCCCUGUCACGUGGAGCUGCAGAGAGCCUUGGACAAGAUUGCCAAAUCCCAGCAGAAAUUAGGAGACAAAUUAACUAGAUUCUACCUCCCCAACUGUGACAAACACGGGCUUUAUAAACCCAAACAGUGUGAAUCUUGUCUAGACGGACAGAGGGGUCGAUGCUGGUGUGUGAGCCCCUGGAACGGCAAGAAGAUUUUAGGUUCGACCGACUUGCCUGCAGAUGCCGAGUGCCCUUAAAGAGAUCAACCACUGAUGCAGAUCUCACAAAAAGAAGAAGCAAGCCACUGAUUUUUUUUCCUUUUUGAUAGCUGUUUAUUUAUUGAUCUUGUCCAUGGUGGUGUUUUAUUCAGGUACACUGUCAUUGCGGGGCCUCUGGAGCCCAACCACCCCACACCCCUCCCUCCCUCCUCUUCAAAACACCCGUCCCAAAGAGAAAAAUAUCUAUUUUUGUUUUUCUGAAACAAUUUUAAUAUUGAUGCAUUUACUUCUACUCUUCAGCCUUAUUUAUUUCAAGUUUAUUUCAUUUUAUUUGUUAUUUGUAAUUAUUUUUUAAGUAUUUAUAUAAUUUUUUGCCUUAUUGUUAUUAUAUUAUUAUUUUUUAUGGAUGUAUAAAGUGUACAUAUGUAUCUUGGCCCUGAGUAACUCCACUGCUGAGUUGAGCUCGCUCUACCCUUAAAGGAGUUGUCUGGAGGUUUGGUUUGUGACAAACCAAGCAAGAACAAAAGCACUGAGUGACCAAAUGUCAUUUACAAGUAUUUCUAAAUGUUGUUUUUAUGAUUCCUUUUUCAUAUUGUUGCCAUUCUUAUGUCUUUUUUUGUUACUGUCCUUUUUUUCCUGAUGUGACACAUGAUCAGCUUUUGUCAGUGAAUGCACAACUCUCAGUUGGGAAUCCUUACACAGUACUCAGAAAACAUUUCCCAUGGUUCCAUGGGGUUACAGAUAACAGGCGCCUCUCAGACGGGUAUUUCUACAUUUACCUACCUCCAAUAUUUAUGUGUCUACUGUCACAUGUGUUGAUGUAUCUGUCAAAAAAAGACUUGCUAUUUUACUUUACAUGUUGCUGUUCUCUCUGACCAAGAACACAUGACCACAAAGAGCGAGUCCCACAGUGAACCAUGACGUGCAACGCCUCUGCUCUAUCUACGUGCUGCUGUUGGUGGGAGAAUUAUUGUUUAUGUGAGUCUAUUCCAAAGUGACCAACUGCUCACAUGUGUGUAUGUAUACUUUUGUAAUUGAGAUGUAAUGUAAGAAGAAAAAAAGGUGAUAUAUUUAAUAAAAACAUUAAUCUCA